AGGCGGAGUCCGACCCGGACACAGGGAAGCAGAGGUCGCCUUCCGCACACACCAUCUUUUCCUUUUCGGUUGCGCGCAAGCAAGCACAGCGGCCGCCGAUGCUCCUAAAACCCCAGGCAAUCUGGGCGGCUUCCCUCCCUCUCUUCCUCGGCCGCCGCCUCCUCCCCAAAUCCAGCCCCUCUCCUCCUCCCUCCGGCCGCCGCCUCCCCUUCCGCCCGAUUUGCAAGCGGCGGAUGAGCGCGCAGGCGGACCCCAGAUUCGCCCCUCUCCCCACAGCGCAGUCCGAGGCUGAUGCCGGGGCAGACGGGUACCAGUUCCGGCUGGUUUCCUACAACAUACUCGCCCAGGUUUAUGUGAAGAGCGCAUUUUUUCCCCAUUCUCCAUCCGCGUCUCUUAAGUGGAAAGCUCGUUCAAAAGCCGUUCUAACAGAACUUAAGAGUUUUAAUGCUGACCUCAUGUGCAUACAGGAGUUGGAUGAAUAUGAGACAUUCUAUAGGAAAAACAUGGAAAGUACUGGAUAUUCAAGUAUUUAUGUCCAGCGAUCUGGGGACAAACGGGAUGGAUGUGGUAUAUUUUAUAAACCAAAAAGUGUGGAACUGUUACAGAAGGAAGUAAUACAUUACAAUGACUUGGUGUGGAAACAUGUCCUUAAUGAUAAUGUAAUUAGUGCUCCCUCGAAUAAUUCUUCACCAUCAGAAGAAUCUAGUGGAAAGGAAGAUAAUAAGAAACGUGGAGAUCCAAAUGAUCCACGUGUGAGAUUGAAGCGUGACUGUGUUGGUUUACUUGCUGCUUUCAAGCUUGGCGAUCCUUGUGAGCAUAUUCUAAUUGUGGCGAACACACAUAUUUAUUGGGAUCCAGAAUGGAUUGAUGUGAAGUUGGCUCAAGCAAAGUAUCUUCUUUCAAAAGUCUCUGAGUUUGAGAAAAUUAUCGCAAAUAAGUUCACCUGUAAACCUUCUGUGAUCAUUGCUGGUGAUUUUAACUCUACCCCUGGUGAUAAGGUAUACAAUUACCUUGUAUCAGCUAGCUCCGAAUCUACGGACGAAGCCCUGAUCAAAUUGCACAGCCUGUAUGCUGAGAACGGAGGGGAGCCGGAGUUCACAAAUUGCACUCCAGGUUUUACUGGAACAUUGGACUACAUAUUCCUGUCGGAAGGCGGUUCAGUAAAACCUACUAGCCUACUUCGGAUCCCACGAGGGGGUUCCCCGGAUGUGGAAGGAGGCCUGCCCAACUUCCACCAUCCUAGUGAUCACUUGCCAAUCGGUGCCGAUUUCCAGGUACUUAGCAGCUAGCUAGCUAGUGCCUAGGGCGGCCGGUUGCAUUUUUCGACUGUGGCGGCAAAUGGCCCUCGAACUGUUGGCCAUGGUCUGCGUGCAGUCUAGGUUAAUCAUAAGGCUGGGGUGCAUGCAAUGACAUCUCACAGCCACAUUUUCUGGUCGUUCUUCAGAAGCAAUUUGUCAAUUGAUAAUGGUGUACUUUGUUUCCUUUUGUGCGUGCGUGAUGGUAUGAAUGUGAAGAAACAUGCGCCUUUUGGUAUUCGGCCAAAGAGGUAUGUGCGGUAUGUGCAUUUAUCAGUGUAUGCAUUUCCCAGAA